AUGUCUUACGGAAGUGCACCAUAUACAGCUCCACCACCACGUUAUGAUGAGGAAUCUGCUCAACCUUUGAUGGGACAUCAUGAGGAUGAUGACAUGUUCAAGGAGAUGGUUGUAAACAGCUCAAAAGAAGUUCGACUUCAAUUUGUAAGAAAAGUAUACUCCAUCCUGGCGACGCAAUUAUUUGCAACUACCGUAUUGUCUGCUUUUUAUCUCUUGAACGACUCUGCUAGAAGUUGGGUUCAAUCAAAUCAAUGGAUGCUCAUUGUAUCUAUGAUUGGUACACUUGGUGUUAUGUUUGCCUUGUUCUGGAAGUCGAGAUCCUAUCCUUUGAAUUACGGUUUGUUGGCAUUAUUUACAUUACUCGAAGCGCACGCAGUAGGGACAAUAGUCACCUUCUAUAAUCAGAAACUCGUCUUACAAGCCUUGAUCAUCACACUGGGUGUAUUUAUCGCUCUGACCAUCUUCACUUUGCAAUCGAAAUGGGAUUUCUCGGGAUUAGCACCUUUCUUGUUUGCUGGUAUUUGGAUUUUGGUUAUUGCUGGAUUCGUUCAGAUGUUCUUCCCCUUCUCAAAGGGCAUUCAAAUGGCAUUUGCUGUUGGAGGUGUCAUCAUUUUCAGUGGCUACAUCUUGUUUGAUACCUAUCUCAUCUUCAACAGAUAUUCAGCUGAGGAUUACAUUAUUGCAUCUGUUAGCCUUUAUUUGGAUUUCAUCAACCUUUUCCUCCGUAUUUUGCAGAUCCUGCAAUUGUCAAGCAGCGAUAAUUAG